UAUGCAUGUACAUGCUCGUGCGUACAUGUUGAGAAUACAUAGCUGAAAAAAGGAGCUUCGCAGGGCCAGAGCGAGCUCGUAUUUAUCUAGCUAUCUAGUAGCUUAGUGUGAGUGUCACUACCCUUCGCCCCGUCCGUCAUCUUCCUCCAGCCUCUUCCCCUAUCCUUCUCCAUGAGAUCUUAGCAUUCCAAUCCAUGGCAAGUCCAUUGCAAAUUGCAGCAGUGGGCUGGGGCUUCGUGGUCAUGGGUUGGAUGCUGACACCCAUACUCAGCUUUCUUGUGGACAAGUUCUUUGCCAACCUCUCCUUUGACACAUCAAGAAAGCUUCGGAAGCUGGAGAUCAACACUAUCCCAAGCCUCAGGGAGACGCUGAGAAAAGUGGAGGAGCAAAGGAUGGUUGGAGAAGUGAAAGGCAAGGGAUCUGACUCUGAUCUCGCGACGCUCAAGAAGAUAGAAAAUGAUCUCAAGUCCAUCAUGUACGAGGCCGAAGACAUACUACUGGAUGUCGUCGAUUAUCACCGGAUUGAGAAGGAAGUCAAGGGGGACGGCCCCAGCUGGAUCUCAAGGGCUGCUGGCACUUGCAUCACCCACUGCAAGGGGACCUGGUUCCGGAGAUGCAUAGGGUUGUGCUGGCUGGGCGCCACACUAUGCAGAUCUGGUGAGCAGCAAAUACCAAUUUCCCAAAGGCCCUCCAACUCCAAUCCCGUGAUGCAGAAGCUCCGUGCUUGGUCACUGUCCCUAGACAUCAAGGUCCUCUGUCAAUCCAUGCAGAGGUGGUUAGCCGAAACAUAUGUGGCUGCUUGUCAUUACCGGGAUUGGUCAUAUGAAGAGGUUGGCAUCAAAGCAAACAAGAAGGAUGACAUUGCAGUAGAUCUUUUCUUCCUUAGUAUCGAUGGAAAAAGCUUGAGGAAACGAAUAGAGGACAUAGAAAAAAGAUUGAAUGACUCAAAACACUCACCUCUUUUGAGUCAGAAACGCAGCAGCAGCAGCGAAAUUCCAGCCAAGGGUAUUAGCGAAAACAGCAGCAGACAGGAGCAGAUUGUCGACUCGCACAUAAUGAUCUUACAGAAGGUAUUCGGUCGAGACAAGAAGCGUAAGGAUAUAUCUAGAAAGCUUCGUGAGGGACCAGAUGCUUAUGGACCAAGCUCCAAUAGUAGUAAACCUUAUUCUGUGAUUGAUAUACAUGGUAUUGCAGGGUCCGGGAAGAGUACCUUGGCGAAAUAUGUUUGUGAGUAUGAGAAGAAGGCUGAAGACAAACAUUUUGACCUUAUCAUGUUCAGUCACGUGUCAACAACUUUCAGAGUGGAUAAGAUAUUUCGUGAUAUUCUGGAGCAGAUAACGCAAGUCCGGCCCUCCGAUACUGAACGCCUUCAAAGCAUACAAAAGGAGGUGAAGGAAAAACUGCAAGGCAGACGUUUCUUGUUGGUACUGGAUGAUCUCUGGGUCAAUAAUGACAGUCAGAUGGAACAGGAUAUUCUACUUGAUGCCCUUGACGUUGGGCAGAGUGGAAGCAGAAUCCUGGUGACUGCUCAAAGAGAAGAUGCGGCUGCAGCUCUAGGUUGCGCUCAGGAGCAAAUUCCAAUACCUGAUCUGGAAGAGGUGGAGUACUUAUCGUUGUUCAUGCAUCAUGCACGAUCAGGUGCAAUCGGUAAUGAUGCAGAAUAUGAAAGGAUUGGAAUCAAGAUUGCGAACAAGCUACGCCGCUCACCCAUUGCUGCAGUAACAGUUGGAAAGCAGCUUCGGAGGAAUAGAAGGAUCAGUUUCUGGGAAACAACGGCGAACGAUGUCGUGCUGAAUGAGACCAUGGGAGCUCUGUGGUGGAGCUAUCAGCAGCUUGGUGAUGACACCAGGCGAUGCUUUGCAUACUGCAGCACUUUCCCUAGAGGAUACGGGUUAAAACGAGAUGAGUUGGUUCGCAUCUGGAUAGCACAGGGGUUUGUAAACGCCAGUAGUCAUGCAACAGAGGAAUUGGAAGACGUGGGCAAUCGCUACUUUGAUGAGUUACUGACACUCUCAUUUCUGCAAGUGCAAAGAACAAUUUUUUGCACUGAAUUCACAUCUCAUGACCUGCUACAUGAGUUGGCAGAGAGGCUUGCGGGAAGUGAUUUCCAUAGAAUUGAUUCGAGUUGCCCGCCAAAAGAUAUUCCGCUUGGGGUUCGCCAUGUUUUCGUCGAGACCAAUAAUGCAGCAAAGGUCGCAGAGUUAAGUCUGGACUUGGGAACUUUGCGCACCCUGAUCAUUAAGGAGCACUGUACAGAAGAUACGGAUAGAAUGCAACCCAUGGACAUGGAUGACUUGGAAAAAGUCUUUGAUUGUUUGUUCAUGAGGCUGAGGGAACUGCGGGUCCUGAUUGUUGAACUAAAACGUAAGACAAAAGUGUUGUCAGUCCCAGCAUCUGUUGAUCGGAUGAAGCAUCUACGUUAUCUUGGUUUCCUUCCCGGGUACAUGAAGGUGAUUUUGCCAAGCACAUUUAGCAAGCUUUACCAUAUGCAGACCAUAGAUGUCUAUCCUGCUUCUCCCUACAGGACGGUAUCCUGUCCUGAAGAUAUGGCUAAUCUCGUCCAUCUGCGGCACGUCACUGCUUGGAUGCCUUUCCCCAACGUUGGCAGGCUGAUGUCACUCCAUACGCUGCCACACUUCGAAGUAAAGGAGGAACAAGGGUACGAGCUGAAGCAGCUGAAGCACCUAAACAAGCUUCGGGGCGCUCUGCGGAUAUGGGGUCUUGGGGUUGUCGGAAGCAAAGAGGAAGCUCUCGGAGCUCAGCUAGCCCGCAAGGAGCGAGUCACAAAACUGGAGCUGAAAUUCGGUUAUAAUACCUGCAACGACCCAGACGUCGCAGCAGAGGUACUUGAGGGUCUUUGCCCCCCGAAGGAUCUUGUAGAGCUCCAGAUCUACCACUACAAGGGUUCAAGGUAUCCUAGCUGGAUGUUGAGUCGGCAGCACCCAGACGCCCCAAAGCGCCUGCAAAAACUUGUGCUCCUUUGUUGCAGCCGGCUGGCAUCUAUUCCUAAAGAUUGUGAGCUCUUCAUUCAUCUGCGUGAGCUCCGCAUCGAGUCUUGCGACUGGGACUGCUUGCCAGAAAAUAUGGAGCGCCUCGGGUCGCUCCAGAAUUUGUUUAUUUAUGAUUGCGAUAAGAUGGAGCUCCUUCCGACGCUGCCCCAGUCUCUUCAGGAGAUUCAAAUCAUUCACUGCCGCGUGCUGAGUACAACCUGUCAAGAAGAGGGGCACAGAAAUUGGCAUAAGAUUCAGCACAUUCCGGACAAGGUCAUUUGGUAAUUAAGGAAGGACGAAACCAUUUCUUUUUCCCAUGUACCAGCGACAGCUGAGCUCAGACCCCUUGUUACGCUUGUGAAUCCAUCUGUACGUCAAGCAGAUUCGUGUGUCAGGAAUGCUCUAGCUUGCUUCCUCCACUGUGCGCAUGUUCUAGAUUGUUUAUUACUUUGAUCCGUGGGCGAAACGGAUAGUGCUUCUCUUGCUUGCUUCCUGUAUGCGCAUGUAUACUCUAGCUUGUUUACUGUUAUCCUCUGCAUUAUACAUGGACGGGCUUUCA